AUAAUAAUAUUUUGAUAACAUAUUAGAAAAUAAUACAUAUAAACAAGCAAUUAUGUCACGACUGCAAUAGUAUCUUUUUGACUGUCUUACUAACAAUAAGAAAAUAAUGAUUUUUAGUAAUAAAGUGGUGUUAGUAACAGGAGCUAGUUCUGGUAUAGGAGCAGCUACAGCAAUUGAAUUUGCAAAAGAAGGUGCUAUCGUAGCAAUAGUAGCAAGAAAUGAAGAAAAAUUAAAUAAGAUUGCACAUGAAAUCGAAAAGGUUGGACAAAAACCUCUCAUUUUAAAAUCAGAUAUAAGCGAUGACAACGAGGCCAAAAAUUUGUUAGAGCAAGUGAUAACAAAAUUGGGAAAAUUAGAUAUCCUUGUUAACAACGCAGGCUUGACAAGAUUCGGAAGUAUUUUAGAAGGAAACAUACUACAAUCGUACGAUGAGAUUAUGAAGGUUAAUGUUAGGGCUCAUAUCAAUAUUACAACUUUGGCUGCUCCGUAUUUAAUAAAAACUCAAGGAAAUAUUGUAAAUAUCUCCAGCGUGGCUGGCAAAAUACUUCCAUCAUAUUCAUCAAUGAUUUCCUAUCACAUAUCAAAGGCAGCAUUGACUCAUUUCUCUCGAUGCGCAGCUCUUGAAUUGGCAAGUAAAGGGGUGAGGGUUAACAUCGUGAGUCCAGGACCUGUAAAAACAGACCUGCUGGAGAACGCUGGUGUUGGCUUUUUGAAAUUUGAAGAUGUAUCUGAUGACGCUCCACUGAAACGUGUAUCCGAAUCCGUCGAGGUGGCAGAUAUUGUAUUAUUUUUAGCAAGCAAUAAAGCCAAGGGAAUCACUGGCUCUGAAUACGUUGCUGAUAAUGGCUGGUGUUUACGGAGUUAAACAAAUUAGCAGAUAGCAAUUUUUUUAUAAUUCUUUGAGCACAAAUUUCUUUAAGAACUAAUCAAUUAUGAGAGUGUUAAUUUGGUUUAUCUGAUUCUGUUAUUUAGCAAUAUAUAUUUUGUUUUAGUUA